AUGGCGAUGCCGGUCGUUCUGGAUGCGCUCGACAGCCGAGACAAGAGCCUCAAAAUCAGACUCGAGGCGGCCUAUCAAAAGUUCCGAGAUGCAGACGCGUUUCCAUUUGAUGCGGUUCGGACUAGGGGAGGCAAAAGUCUCAAUAUGAUGCAGGGAGUCAGUAUACUUGAGAACAAAGGCUGCUUAAUAGCUUCGGACAAGGUUGCGCUCGUGGGGAACUGCUGCGACUGGCCCGGGAGGAUUCACCAGGAAUUGCUUAGACGCCCAGGCCUCAGUUACAGUGCUUGUCUGUGGGCUGUGGCGAUUAUGAAUGGCGAUGCUUCUAUGUUCUGUCAGGAUCCGAACUGUGCUUCAGCGGAACGCAGCCAGCGGUUGAUGUGGAUGCCGACCAAGAGCACUUCACUGACUCAAUUGGUUUGCCCCAAAGCAACGCGGGACGUUAAUAUGAAAAUUACGAAAGAGGGGCUUGAAACCCUGGCCAAUCUGCUAUGGAACGCUCUGAAAUAUAGGGGCCCUUUUGGUAUAUAUGGCAGACAUCUUGCUGAGGUCCCCAAUAUUUCCUUAGAUCAGAUCGUUGAUCCAGAAACUGGAAGGUAUACUGUCACGUACCAACGUCUCGGCUUCAAAGAUGAAGAGGAGUACAUGAACAGUACAGAUGCUAUCGAGGAUGACUAUGCUUUCUAUCAUCGAUUUUGCCCCUACGACGAUGCGUUGGCAGGGUACAGACAUACCAAUUGUGAACUCACAAACAAGAAAAACUACCAUCUCCUCUUGGGGGACGGUGCGGUUAUAGAAUCGUUCUCCUGGAUCAUAGAAUCAAUCAAAAAAACAGCAACCGCCCUUAUAUUUUUACCCAAUUUCGCCCCGUUACCAAACACGUUCGUGGCGACCGCACCGAAAAGCGCCUCAUUGAGUGGUCUCCCUUUGAUAUCUGGCGCGCAGAUCGCGAAAAUCAUCGAGAUGCUCCAUUCUCUUGGUCCGCCUAUGAACAGACAGGACCAUAGCCAUAACAAAGGUACCGAUGGUGUAGAUACCUCCUCCACCACCACCAAUAGUAAAAGCACCAAGACAGUCGCAGUUACUGCUAUGGAACCAUGUAACGUCCUCUUCGACGUCCGAAACAUCCGGUCUCAGAAUCAUACCCUGGAUUGGCCGGAAGAGUUCUAUAGGGACUCGUGGAUAUUGGAUCCCUCGGACCCGCGUAUUGUUGAACCUUCAAGAACCAGUGCAUCCCAAGAAUUAGGUAGAGACCAACUGUGGUUUGACGAAUUACUACAGCGGGUAGCAGGUGUCAGUAUUGACCAAGUAAAGGAGGAGAAGGAGGAAUCGGCGGAGGAACCAUGGGAGGAGGAGUCCUGUGAGGCAGAGGAAGAGUGGGACGAAGAGAGGAGAGAGGAGAGAGUGGAGCGAGUGGAGCAAAGGGAGGAAAAGAGUACAGUUGGAGAAGGGGAAGCGAUCGUUCUGCCAGCCCGGCAGGGACUGAAGCCGAAAGAUUCUGGUCUUCUGCAGUUUCUUAAGUGCAGUUUCUUAAGUGCAUUGGUAUUAGGAGAUGGCGGGGUAAGUUGUUGA